AUACAACAUCAUUUUAGAAUUAGGCCACACUUUCAAAUGAAAAUGCCAAAUAAUUGUAAAAUCAGGGCAUUAUUUCGAAUCGUCUUUACAACAAAGCACGCGGGGGUCCGCCAGAAAGCCGGAUCUCGCAGGAUCCUGCAGGGCCAGGGUGGCAUUGGCGCGGGCUUGGGUGCAGGAUUUUGCAGGAUGCCGCAGGAUCGCGCAGGAUCCUGCGACGCCCGACGGACAGGGGUCCAGAUUGACCCGGGCCAGCAGAUCCCCGAGAGGUACAGACUGGCUCAGCACCGCGCUGGAUGCGGUGCCCUCGCUUGUGACACGUAGGCGCGGUCGAAACGAGCAACAAUGUGCAACUGCUGGAGCGCGUGAGCGGUGCCCUAGAGCCAACUGUGCUCGAAGCACCGGCUCCCCGUAUGUAUUGCAAGCUGCUGCGUUGUGUCGUUUGGUUCGUCGGUCUGGCGUCGAGGUUCGAGUUGCCACAGAGCCAAUCGUCAGACCCAGAUGUCGACCUCAACGGUUCUUUUGCGAACUCGUGGGCCGUUUUCGUUUCGACUUCGUUCUGCAGCCAAGGCGGACUGAAGACAAAGCGAGGGAAAACCUCGUUCCGCCUCGCCUUACAUGUUUGCCCAAGGGUUAUUCGAGAAGACGGCAGGCACGGGCGCUUCUGUCGCGCUUGCCGCGGGCCCCGCCGCCGGCAACUUGCCUCUGGUGCCCCGGACCGGAGGUGGGGGAGGCUGGCUUGGGAUGUGUGCACAGGGGUGGCCGCGUCGAGUCUUUGAGGGGUCUUCGUCCGUGAGACGGAGCGCUCUCUUGCGCCGUCCCGCGGCCGUUUUGGAAGCCUCGUGUAUCUCUAUGCGCCGGACGAGGGGAGCACGGCGCCGACGCCGCUUUCAGGGCGCCCCUUAGCGAGGGGCUCUGCAUUAUCUCCCAGACGCCUUCCUACGAGCACUCGCACUUUCCACUGCGUCAAAAGACAGUUGCGUUCUCAUUGCCCCACCGCUCGCCCCAGUCGUUGUACCGAGUCGUGCUCCUCGUCGUUUUCGUCCUCGUCCUCGUCACUCAUGCCAUGACUGCUGCUAUACACAAAGCAAUAGCAGCAGAACCAUAAGCUUUCAGAGCUCCGCUUGGAAAUCUCGAUUCGGCGGUGAAGCCCCUUCUGGCAGCGCCGCCAGCGCCGCCCCUGGCGCUCAGAUGGGUGCAGCUCAGAUCCAAGAUAUCUGCGCGGACCUCCGAAAGGUUCUGCCUGCUCAGUUGUUGUUCCAGCUGGACGUGUGCAUGCCUCGAACUGGCCGCUACAGCACGCUCUCCUCCUCC